AGAAAACAGUAGCCUCUUUGAGAGAGCGACAGAGCUCCUUCUGGAAAAGGAGAGGGGCAUAGGAAACUGAGCAACUUCCUGCGUGUAAAGAGACAGACAGCUGAGAGAUGCCACUAAUAAAAGAAGUAGUUUGCCAGUUUUACCCUUGAUUGUUUAUACAGACAUCAUGAUUUACACUGCCACAAUUAACAGUGCAUUAACCAACUUUACGUUUCCUCUUCAGACAAACAGAGACAGGCAUAUCUUUAGAACCCAACCCCAUUUCCAUACAGGAAACCACACUUGUAGGGAAGGCUGUGUUUUUCUUUUUAGUGAGAGAAACAGAAAAUAAAGAUAGAUAUAGUGCUUAGAGAGAGAGAGAGAAAGUUAUGGAAAGAAACGCCUUCGUCUUGUGCUGCGUUGUGGGUUUCUUGGGACUAUUAUCAGCUGCUACAGGUUUUGGUGCAGAAGCCACGAGAAUUAAGGGUUCUGAGGUUCAGUUCACAUCGGCCACUCAAUGUACAUAUCCUCGGAGUCCUGCGCUGGCUCUUGGUUUAACGUCAGCUGUGGCUCUUAUGAUAGCUCAAGUACUUAUUAAUGUUGCAACUGGAUGUAUCUGUUGCAAAAGAAGCCCUCAUCCGUCAAACUCAAAUUGGACAAUUGCGUUAGUCUGCUUUGUUGUAUCCUGGUUCACGUUUGUGAUAUCUUUUCUUCUGCUCCUCACUGGUGCUGCGCUCAAUGAUCAACAUGGUGAAGAAAGCAUGUAUUUCGGCAGUUACUACUGCUAUGUUGUGAAACCGGGAGUCUUUGCUGGUGGCGCUGUCUUGGCCCUUGCAAGUGUCACCCUUGGAAUCCUCUACUAUCUCACCUUAAACUCAUCAAAGAGUGUUAAUGGUCCAUGGGCCAACCCUCCCGUUUCUAAUAGUGGCAUCGCCAUGGGACAGCCUCAGUUCACACCACAGAGCACUCAAGAUCCUGUUUUCGUACACGAAGAUACUUAUAUGAGACGGCAAUUCACUUGAUCGGUAAAUUCCUCAAGGCUUAAACCACUUGGAUUACACUGCUAAAUAUGGUGGACGAAUAUGAUAUUAGCCUCAAAGCUUCUUAUUGGCAUCAGGGCACUAUGGAAAAGAGUGAGUUUUACAGCGAAGCGUCCUAGUCCUUUUUUCCCUGGCAUUGGGGUAUUCACCUUUAUCUAUUCCUUUUUCCACAACCAGACUUUGGUACAAAUUGUAUAUGUAUAUAUGCACCCUGGAGAAUUAUUUGCCAUUUCUUAAAGGAAACAACAGAUUGUUAGUCCCUAAUAGUUGUGAUUGUAGUGCAACUGGGGAAUCGGUAUGGAGUGUGGUAAUGAAAUACUGCAAAUCUGCGAUUAUAUGCUGUGUAAUGUGUAUCAAAUCAACCAAGUUGGAGGAGUUAGAUGUAUAA